GGUCACUAAGGUCUCCAGUCGUCCACUUGUCGUGACUCGCUGGUGAAAUUACAUACUGUAUAUUUUGCAAAUGCCUAUGGUGUUUUUUUUUUAAGUGUUCUUGUGUUUUUUUAAUGUUCUGUUAUGCUCUGUUGUUAAUGUGUUGAUUAUUACCAGACGCUGUCCUAUAUAUUUGUUUUCUGUCACCUACGAAUGAAUCAUCUGUCGUGAUAUUCAAUAAUCUGAAAUAUUUCUCAACAACAUAUGCUGCUACACUGCCUUUGUUUUGGGGUCCAAUGGAGAACACAACAGAGACGUUUGUGUUGACCAUGUACGCAGAACUGGGCCAGUUCAAGUACAUGUAUUUUACUCUGGCGCUGAUAUUUUACAUAUUUGUCAUUGUUGCAAACGUGACUCUUAUUGUGAUCAUCUCGGUUAACAGUAACCUGCACGAGCCCAUGUAUGUGUUCCUGUGCAGCUUGUUUGCUAAUGAGAUAUACGGCAGCACGUCCUUGAUGCCCUGCUUCAUGGUCCACAUCUUGGCAGAGACUCAUGAGAUUUCUGCCUUUUUCUGCUUCCUUCAAAUAUUUAACAUUCACACCUAUGGCACUGUUGAAUUUGGGACCUUAACAGUCAUGGCAUAUGACCGAUAUGUGUGCAUCUGUAAGCCUCUGCAUUACAACAUUAUAAUAACAAAGAGAAAGGUACAAAUUGUCAUACUCGUUAUCUGGAUAAUUUGCUUUGUAGAGAUCGGGGUUUUGCUGUCCUUCACGAUUCAUUCGAAACGCUGCGGCAAUGUGAUCAACAAAGUGUUCUGUGCACACCAGCUUGUUGUCGCGCUCUCUUGUUCGCCAGACAGAACUGUGUCGAUUAUUCACGACCUGGUCGUCGGCCUCGUUUUCACGGUCGGCGCUCCUGUCAGUUACAUUUCCUAUACGUACGCAAAGAUUUUGGCCGUGUGCCUGAAAGGUUCCAAAGAGACCAAGAUGAAGGCUUUGGAGACCUGCACUCCCCACGCCGUGUCACUCAUUACCUUUGUCUUCGCCUGCUUUUACAGUCUGAUAUCGCAGAGAUUUGACAUCUCCUCAGUUCCGUAUCCGCUGUGUGUCGUGUUGUCAGCGUACGCGAUGGUCAUUCAGCCUUUUCAGAGUCCGAUCAUCUACGGCCUCAAACUGUCCAAAAUUAGACAUGCCUGUAAGAACCUGCUGACAUUAAAAACAUCACAACUCUACAUUUUUCACGGAGAGUGUUUGAAUCCUCACCUUUCAUUCUUGACUGAAAUGAACAUACAUGCAUUAAAGUUUCAGAAUGUGAACAUCUACGCAGGUGAAAAUGUAUUACCGUUUAUUGUCAUUGUUGCUUAUGAUUAUAUUAUAUUAUAUUAAUAACUUCAGGAGCUAAAAAAGAAUAGAGAAUGCAAAACAAUACAAGUACAAUACAAAGUGAGUUUAGUCAUUGUGUCUUUCCAUGACAUGAAAAAAUGACAAGUUUGUAACGAGUUUAAAUGGUCAAUUUUAAACAUUAUUUGCACAGUAUAUAAUUUACAUAGGGUGUAAAUAAAUAUAACAACGUACCACGUACCAUAAAUAAAACCACUCUUAAUAUUUAA